AUGCCCUCUGCUUCUUUAUUAGUUAAUCUUCUUUCAGCAUUACUCAUCAGUUUUGUAUUUGGAGAAACAGAAGUAAGAUUUUCUGGACAAACAGAAUUCCUUGUUAAUGAAACAACUACAACCGUCAUACGGCUUGUGAUUGAAAGAACAGGAGAACCGGCUAACAUCACUGCAAUUGUAUCGCUUUAUGGAGAAGAUACAGGUGACUUUGUUGACACAUAUGCUGCAACUUUUAUACCUGCUUCAGAAACCAGUAGGACUGUGUAUAUAGCAGUCUGUGAUGAUGACAUCCCGGAGCCUGAUGAAACAUUCAUCUUUUACUUGACAUUACAGAAGCCAUCAUCAAAGAUAAAGCUUGGUUGGCCAAGGUCUGUGACUGUGACCAUACUAUCAAACGACAAUGCCUUUGGAGUUAUUUCAUUUGAUAUGCCUUCCUUAAUCACAGUGAACGAGCCCAGGGGCAGGAAUGAAUCUGUACCUUUCAUUCUAAUUAGAGAAAAAGGAACCUAUGGGAGCGUAACUGUGAGUUUUGAGGUAGAGGGUGGUCCAAAUCCACCUGAAGAAGAUUUAAGUCCAGUUAAGGGAAAUAUCACCUUCCCUCCUGGUAGAGCAGUAAUGGUUUAUAACUUGACAGUACUGGAUGAUGAGAUACCAGAAAAUGAUGAACUGUUUUUGGUUCAGCUGAAAAGCAUGGAGGGAGGGGCUGAGAUCAACACUACAAGAAACUCAGUUGAGGUUGUUAUUCGGAAAAAUGACAGUCCAAUACGCUUCACCCAGAGUAGUUAUUUGGUUCCUGAGGAAGCAGACAUACUAACAAUUCCAGUGGUUCGUGGUAAGAAUGAGAGUGGAAAUUUGAUUGGAUCUGAUGAGUAUCAAGUUUCAAUCAGUUAUGCUGUUGUGACUGGAAAUUCAACAGCCCACGCAGAGCAAAAUGUAGACUUUAUUGAUCUUCAGCCAAACAUGACUAUUUUUUUCCCACCUUUUGUUCAUGAAUCCUAUUUGAAAUUUCAAAUCAUUGAUGAUGCCAUACCAGAGAUUGCCGAAUCCUUUCUUAUUGUCCUACUUAAGGACACUUUACAGGGAGACGCCGUGUUAUUAAGCCCUUCCACAGUUCAAGUCACCAUUAAGGCAAAUGAUAAACCUUAUGGAGUGCUAUCUUUCAAUAGUGUCUUGUUUGAACAGACAGUUAUCAUCGAUGAAGACCGAGUGUCAAGGUUUGAAGAAAUCACAGUGGUGAGGAAUGGUGGAACCCAUGGGGACAUUUCAGUGAGUUGGGUCAUGACACGGAAUAGCAGUGAUCCUGCUCCAGUGACAGCAGACAUCAUGCCAAGUUCAGGUGUUCUGCAUUUUGCUCAAGGGCAGAUGAUUGCCUCCAUUCCUCUAACUAUUGUUAAUGAUGAUUUCCCUGAAGAGGCAGAAGCUUAUCUACUUCAGAUUCUACCUCAUACAGUACAAGGAGGUGCAGAAGUGAGUGAGCCAGCAGAGCUUUUGUUCUACAUCCAGGACAGUGAUGAUGUUUAUGGUUUAAUAAAGUUUUAUCAUUUGGAAGAUCAGAAGAUUGAAAGCAGCCCAGGUGAAAGAUUCCUAUCCUUGAAUUUUGCAAGACAAGGAGGAACUAAAGGCGAUGUGAAGAUGUUUUUUUCCACAUUUUAUAUUCCUGCUGGAGUUGUGGACCCUUUGCGAGCAAAAGAUGGCAUCUUAAAUGUGUCUCAGAGAAAUAGUCUCAUCUUUUCAGAAUGGAAAACUCAAGUCGCUAUGAAAUUACCCAUAAAAAACGAUGCAUUCCUUCAAAAUGGGGCCCAUUUCCUAGUGCAGUUGGAAACUGUGGAGCUAGUGAAUAUAAUCCCUCCAAUUCCACCUCUGAGUCCUAGAUUUGGUGACAUCCGAAACAUUUCUCUAAGAGUGACUCCAGAUAUUGCAAAUGGAGAGAUUGGCUUUAUCAGCAAUCUUCCAGUUAUUCUUCAUGAGCCAGAAGAUUCCUAUGCUGAAGUGGUUUCUAUUCCCUUACAUCGAGAUGGAACUGAUGGCCAGGCCACUGUAUUUUGGAGUUUGAAGCCCUCUGGGUUUAAUUCAAAAUCAGUGACACUAGAUGACAUAGGCCCUUUUAAUGGUUCUGUUGUAUUUUUAUCUGGGCAAAGUGAUACAAUGAUUAAUAUUACUGUCAAAGCGGAUGAUAUACCAGAAAUGAAUGAAACAGUAACACUAUCUCUGGACAGGGCCAGUGUGGAAAAUCAGGUCCUGAAAUCUGGGUAUACUAGCCGUGAUGUAAUUAUUUUGGAAAAUGAUGACCCUGGAGGAGUAUUUGAGUUUUCUUCUGCUUCCAGAGGACCCCAUAUUAUAAAUGAAGGAGAAUCUGUUGAGCUCCACAUUAUCCGCUCUAGGGGAGCCCUUGUCAAACAAUUUCUUCACUAUAGAGUGGAGCCAAGAGACAGCAAUGAGUUCUAUGGAAAUACAGGGGUCCUAGAAUUUAAGCCUGGUGAAAAGGAGAUUGUAAUUACCCUGCUGUCAAGAUUAGAUGGAAUUCCAGAGUUGGAUGAACACUACUCUGUGAUUCUCACCAGUCAUGGUGAACGGGAGAGCAAAUUGGGAAGUGUCACAGUGGUCAACAUCACUAUUCUAAAAAAUGAUGAUCCUCAUGGAAUUAUAGAAUUUGUUUCCGAUGGAUUAAUUCUCACAAUAAAUGAAAGUAAAGGGGAAGAUGUGUUUUCUGCUGUUUAUGAAAUAAUAAGAAAACGAGGCAACUUUGGCAAUGUUAGUGUAUCUUGGGUGAUCAGUCCAAACUCUACAGAAGAUGUGUUCCCUGUUCAAGAGACCAUUUUCUUUGGAGAUCAAGAAUUUUCCAAAAAUAUCACCAUUUAUUCACUACCAGAUGAGAUACCUGAGGAAAUGGAAGUAUUCACAGUCACCCUUUUUAAUGCCACUGGUGGAGCCGCAGUGGGAAAUGUAACUACUGCAACACUGCAGAUCAGAAGAAAUGAUGAUCCAAUUUAUUUUGCAGAACCUCGUGUGGUAUGGAUUAAGGAAGGUGGGGUUGCUAACUUUACGGUUCUCAGAAAUGGCUCCCUUGAUGUUGCCUGCACUGUCCAAUAUGCUACCAGGGAUGGAAGAGCAAUUGCAGAAGAAGGAGACUUUGUUCCUAUUGAAAACGAAGAAACACUAUUUUUUGAAGUUGGGAGAAGAGAACAGAGUAUAUCCAUAUUUGUUAAUGAAGAUGACAUUCCUGAAACAGAUGAGCCCUUUUAUGUCAUCCUCUUUAAUUCAACAGGUGACACAGUAGUAUAUAAAUAUGGGAUGGCAACUGUUAUUAUUGAAGCUAAUGAUGAUCCCAAUGGUAUUUUUUCUUUGGAGCCUGUGGACAAAGUUGUAGAAGAAGGAAAAACUAAUGCAUUUUGGAUUCUGAGGCACAGAGGACACUUUGGCAAUGUAUCAUUGAUGUGGCAGUUGUUUGACAAUGAUUCUGCUCUACAGCCUGGACAAGAGUUCUGUGAAACUUCAGGGAUGGUUAUGUUCAUGGAUGGAGAAGUAUCCAAGCCAAUAACUCUCCAUGCUAUUCCAGAUAAAAUCCCUGAGUUCAAUGAAUUUUAUAUUCUAAAGCUUGUGAACGUUUCAGGUGGAUCCCCAGGUCCUGGUGGGCAUCUAGCAGAAACCAACCUGCAUAUCACAGUAAUGAUCCCAUUCAAUGAUGACCCCUUUGGAGUUUUUGUCUUGGACCCCAAUUGUCAGGAACGGGAAGUAGCAGAAGACAUCCUUUCAGAAGAUGAUAUGUCCUAUAUUACCAACUUCACUGUUUUGAGGCAACAAGGCACCUUUGGAGAUGUACGAGUAGGCUGGGAAAUACUAUCCAGUGAGUUCACUACUGGAUUACCUCCAAUGAUAGAUAUUUUAUUGAUUGGAAUUUUUCCCAGCUCCGUGCAAUCACAGCCACAUAGGAGACGGCAUCACAGUGGAACAGAUGCUUUGUACUUCAGUGGAAUGGAGGAUGCAUUUGGAACCAUUAGUUCAAAGUACCAUACCACCAGGAAUAACACAAUUGUCAACUUUACAUUUUCAGCUUGGGUGAUCCCUAAUGCCAAUACAAAUGGAUUUAUAGUAGAAAAGGAUGAUGACAAUGGAACCAUGUACUAUGGUGUGAGGAUUCAAACAAAUGCUUCCUAUGUAACACUUAUGCUUCAUUACACUACCCUGGGUUCCAAUAUUACUUAUGUUGCCAAAACAACAGCCAUGAAAUACUUGGAAGAAAACAUUUGGCUUCAUCUUCUGAUUAUCCUGGACGAUAGCAUAAUUGAAUUCUACCUUGACGGAAAUCCAAUGCCUCGAGGAUUAAAGAGCUUGAAAGGUGAAGCAAUAGCUGAUGGUCCCGGGAUAAUGAGAAUUGGUGCAGGGAUGAAUGGCAAUGACAGAUUUACGGGAUUGAUGCAAGAUGUGAGGUUGUAUGAGCGAAAAUUGACCCCAGAAGAAAUCUAUGAACUUCAUGCUACUCCAGCAAAGAAUGAUUUGCACCCUAUUUCUGGGUACCUAGAAUACAGACAAGGGGAAACCAAUAAAUCAUUCAUCGUUUCAGCAAAAGAUGACAAUGAAGAAGAAGGAGAAGAAUUAUUUAUACUUAAGCUAGUUUCUGUACAUGGUGGAGCUCGUAUUUCUCAAGAGAACAUCACAGCAAGAUUAACAAUACAAAAAAGCGACAAUGCCAAUGGAUUGUUUGGUUUCACAGGAGCCUGUAUACCAGAGAUAGCAGAGGAGGGGUCCACCAUAUCCUGUGUCAUUGAGAGAACCCGGGGAGCCCUGGAUUAUGUACAUGUUUUUUACACUGUUUCACAGAUCUAUUCUACUGGCAUUAAUUACAUUGUUGAUGAUUUUGCUAAUGCCAGUGGAACUAUCACAUUCCUCCCUUGGCAGAGAUCAGAGGUCUUGAAUCUCUAUGUUAUUGAUGAUGACAUCCCAGAGCUUAAUGAGUAUUUCCGGGUAACACUGGUCUCUGCAAUUCCUGGAGAUGGGAAAAUAGGUUCCACUCCAACUAGCGGAGCAAGCAUAGAUGUUGAAAAGGAAACGACAGAUAUCACCAUCAAAGCCAGUGACCAUCCAUAUGGCUUACUUCAGUUCUCUGUGGGAAUGCCUCCUCAGCCUGAUGAUAAGAUGACUCUGCCUACAACUAAUAUCCCACACGUGACCGUGAAGGAAGAAGAUGGAAAAGUUAAAUUGUUGGUAGUUCGGGCACAGGGUCUUCUGGGAAGGGUGAUGGUGGAAUACAGAACAGUUUCAUUGACAGCAUUUAGUCCCAACGAUUAUCAGGAUACCUCAGGCACCUUAGAAUUUCAACCAGGGGAAAGAUACAAAUACAUUACUGUUAAUGUCACAGAUAAUUCUAUUCCUGAAUUGGAGAAGUCUUUUAAAGUUGAGUUGUUAAACUCAGAGGGAGGAGUUGCUGAACUCUUUAGGAUUGAUGGGAGUGGUAGUGGUGAUGGGGACGAGGAGUUCUUCCUUCCAACUAUCCACAAGCGUGCCAGUUUAGGAAUAGCUUCCCAAAUUAUAGUAACCAUUGAGGCUUCAGAUGAUGCUCAUGGUGUAUUUGAGUUCAGCCCAGAGUCAUUUCAUGUCAGUGGAAGUGAACCCGAAGACGGACAGAGCUCAGUUACAUUAAAGGUUGUGAGAAGCCAUGGGGCUUUGUCUCAAGUAACUUUGCAUUGGAACAUUCCCUCUGAUGUAUCUGGAGACCUUGCCUUCACUUCUGGCAAUGUCACUUUUGAGAUAUUGCAGAUAAGUGCCAAUAUAACUGUGGAAAUACUGCCUGAUGAAAUUCCUGAGCUGGAUAAAACAUUUUCCAUUUUAAUCAUAAAUGUUUCCAAUGGCUGCCUGGGAGUCCAUACAAAUGCUACAUUAACAGUUUUGGCCAGUGAUGACCCUUAUGGAGUAUUCAUCUUUUCUGAGGAAAACAGACCAAUCAGAGUUGAAGAAGCAAGCCAGAAUGUUACUCUCACCUUAAUACGAUUAAAAGGUCUUAUAGGAACAGUCAUGGUUACAUAUGCAACAAUGGAUGAUACAGAAAAACCACCUUUUUUUCCACCUAAUUUACCCAGAGCAACUCGGGGAAGAGACUAUAUACCUGUUUCUGGGUUUGCUACUUUUAGAGCUAACAUGAGUGAGGCAACAGUUAUUAUUCCAAUUUUGGAUGAUGAUGAACCAGAGAGGUCAGAAUCUGUGUUUAUUGAGCUGAUCAACGUUACAUUAAUAGAAAAAGUACAGGAUCGACCAAUUCCAAAUUCUCCACGGCUAGGAUCCAAGGUAGACACCAUUGCUCAUUUAAUUAUCCUUGCCAAUGAUGAUGCGUUUGGAACCCUGCAACUCUCAGCGCCAAUUGUUCGAGUUGCAGAAAAUCACAUUGGACCAAUUAUCAAUGUGACAAGAACAGGAGGAGUUUUUGCAGAUGUUUCUGUGAAGUUUAAAGCUGUGCCAAUAACUGCGAUAGCUGGUGAAGACUACAGUAUAGCCUCAUCAGAUGUGGUCUUGCUAGAAGGUGAAACCAGUAAAGCUGUGCCAAUAUAUGUCAUUAAUGAUAUAUACCCUGAGCUGGAAGAAUCUUUUCUAGUGCAGCUGCUGAAUGAAACAACCGGAGGAGCAAAACUUGGGGCAUUAACAGAGGCAAUCAUCAUUAUUGAGGCCUCUGACGAUCCUUAUGGAUUAUUUGUUUUUCAGACUACUAAACUUAUAGUAGAGGAGCCUGAGGUCAAUUCUGUGAAGGUAAACCUGCCAAUAAUUCGCAAUUCUGGGACACUCGGCAAUGUCACUGUUCAAUGGGUUGCCACCAUUAAUGGAGAACUUGCCACUGGCGACCUGCGAGUUGUCUCAGGUAAUGUGACCUUUGCCCCUGGGGAAACCAUUCAAACCUUGUUGUUAGAGGUCCUGGCUGACGACGUUCCGGAAAUUGAAGAGGUUAUCCAAGUGCAACUAACUCAAGCCUCUGGUGGAGGUACAAUUGGGUUAGACCGAGUGGCAAAUAUUAUUGUACCUGCCAAUGAUAAUCCCUAUGGCACAGUAGCCUUUUCUCAAUCUGUUUACCGUGUCCAGGAGCCUCUGGAGAAAAGUUCUUGUGUCAACAUUACUGUCAGGAGAAGCGGAGGGCGAUUUGGCCAGCUGUUGCUCUACUAUAGCACAUCAGAUAUUGAUGUUGUGGCUCUUGCGAUGGAGGAAGGUCAAGAUGUCCUGUCCUUUUACGAAUCACCAGCUCACGGAGUUCCAGGCCAGCUUGGAAGAACUUGGGUGAAUGUCUCUGCAAUGGUGGAUCCUCAGCACACAUGUGCUACUCUGUGCCUUGAAGAACAAGCAUGUUUAGCCUUUUCUGUUUCUGUUUCUUCUGAGAUUCCCCAGUGUUUUUGGAUGACUACAUUGACUAGCCUGAAUAGCAACAGCUCCGAAUUCUGGACCUAUCGGAAAAACACGACAAGGGUAGCUACCCUUUUUAGCCGAAAGGCUGUGGCUGGGAGUGAUUAUGAGCCUGUGAUAAGGCAGUGGGCUAUAAUGUUGGAGGGUGAUGAAUUUGCAAACCUCACAGUUUCCAUUCUUCCUGAUGAUUUCCCAGAGAUGGAUGAGAGUUUCACUAUUUCCCUUCUGGAGGUUGAACUGAUGAACAUCUCAGCCAGCCCCCAAAACCAGCCAACAUUUGGACAGCCAAAUACUUCUACAGUUGUCAUAAUGUUGAAUGGUGAUGCUUUUGGGGUAUUCAGAAUUUCAAGUAUCAGUCCCAAUACAUCAGAGGAUGGCCGAUAUGUGGAAGUUCAGGAGCAGCCCCAAACCAUGGUACACCUGUCGAUUGAGAGGCUAGGGGGCAGCUUAGGCCAGGUCACAGUGGAGUGGCGUGUUGUUGGUGGAACAGCUGUUGAAGGUGCAGACUUUGUAGGUGAAGGAGAUAUUCUGACUUUUGCUGAAGGUGAAACCAAAAAGACUGUGACUUUGACCAUUUUAGAUGAUUCUGAGCCUGAGGAUGAUGAAAACAUUAUAAUCAGUUUGGUUUACACUGAAGGUGGGAGUCGUAUUUUGCCCAGUUCUGACACUGUUACAGUGAACAUUUUGGCCAAUGACCAUGUUGCAGGAAUUGUUAGCUUUCACACAGGCUCCAGGUCUGUUAUUGGUCACGAAGGAGAAAAUUUGGAAUUCCACGUCAUAAGAACACCCCCUGGUCAAGGAAAUGUUACUGUUAACUGGAAAAUUAUUGGUCAACUUCUUGAGCAUAACUUUGCUAACUUUAGUGGAGAAAUCUUCUUUCUUGAGGGAUCACUAAAUCAAACAUUUUUGGUGCAUUUGUUGGAUGAUGAUAUUCCUGAGGAAAAGGAAGAAUACCAAGUGAUUUUGUACAAUGUCAGGACACAAGGAGUUUCCUCAACUGGAAUGGCUAUAAUUGACAGCCAAGGAUACGAAGCUGUGCUGACAGUGGAGGCGAGUGAUGAACCACAUGGGGUUUUGAAUUUUGCUCCUUCCUCAAGAUUUGUUUUGGUCCAGGAAGCAAACAUAACCAUCCAACUUUUCAUCAACAGAGAAUUUGGAUCCCUAGGCAUUAUUAAUGUCACCUAUGCUACAGUUCCUGGGAUGCUUAGUCUAAAGAAUCAGACAGAUGGAAAUUUAGCAACACCUGGAGUUGAUUUUACAUCAGUAGUUGGUUCCCUGAUAUUAAGGGAAGGGGAAACAUCCGCUGCCAUCAAUAUUACUAUCCUAGAGGAUGACAUACCCGAACUAGAAGAAUACUUUCUGGUCAAUUUAACAUCAGUUGAACUUAUCAUGGCUCCUCUGACUUCAUUCCCUCCUAGACUAGAUUCAGAAGGCUUAACGGCACAAAUUAUUAUUGAUGCCAAUGAUGGAGCCAGAGGAAAGAUUGAGUGGCAUAAUACCAGGUUUGAAGUACAUGAAUCACAAGGAAGUUUAACAUUGGUGGCUCACAGGGGUGGAGGGUCACUUGGCCAUGUGUCCUUGUUUGUGUAUGCACAGAAUUUGGAAGCACAGCAAGGGAUGGAUUUUUACUUUACUGCAACGAUUCUUCAUUUUGCUGAUGGAGAAAGGCAUAAAAACGUUGAGAUCACAAUUCUUGAUGAUGAAUUUCCUGAAGGAGAUGAGAAUUUUCUGGUGAUUUUAACUAAUCCCUCUCCUGGACUUGAGCUGGGGGAAAAUACAACAGCUUUAAUUACCAUACUUGCCAAUGAUGAUGGCCCUGGAGUUCUGUCCUUUAACAAUAGUGAACAAUUUUUCCUAAGAGAACCAACAGCCCUUUAUAUCCAGGAAAGUGUUGCAGUGUUAUACAUUGUUCGAGAACCUGCCCAAGGACUGUUUGGAUCAGUGACCGUCCAAUUUGUUGUAACUGAAGUAAAUUCUUCAAAACUGUCUGGAGAUCUGACACCUUCAAAAGGAUAUGUUGUUUUGGAAGAAGGAGUUCGAUUUAAGACGCUCCACAUAUCUGCCAUAUUAGAUGCGGAACCAGAGAUGGAUGAACAUUUUGUUUGUACCUUGUUCGACCCAACUGGAGGAGCGAGACUAGGGACACCUAUUCAAACUCUUAUAACUGUUUUGCAGAACCAAGCUCCACUGGGUCUGUUCAGUAUUUGGGCAGUUGAAAAUAGAGCCACAGCUAUCACCAUUGAAGAAACCAACAGGACUGUUUAUUUAAAUGUGUCCCGGAGUAAUGGGCUUAAUUUAACUGUGAGUGUGGAGUGGGAGACAGUGUCUGAAACUGCCUUUGGCAUGAGGGGAAUGAAUAGUGUACUAUCUGUCUUUCAAAGUUUCGAUCCAGCCUCUAGCUGGUGUUUCUUUAAAUUAGGAGAAUCAGUAUAUGGUAUAAUGUUAAGAAUAUCCUCCCACCAAUUUUCUUCUCUCUACCGAUGGCAAGGAAUUUUUAUUCCAGUUGAGGAUAUUAAUAUACAAAAUCCUAAAAGCUGUGAGACAUUUUAUAUCAAUGGUUCCCCCUAUGUUGUGAUCACUCAUGGAGAAAAAGAUGGAGAGAAACCUUCUAAGAACAGCAUAUAUACUAUCACAUCUGAGUUCAAAUUAUUCCUGGAACAGACAAUUAUAGUUCCAGAAAGUAGUCAAGUAAAACAUUUUACUUCAACCAAUCAACAUUAUUUGAUUGUUGCAAGUCAGAGGGACGAUUCUGAAUUGACUCAGGUCUUCAGAUGGAUUAGUGGAAGCUUCGUGCUGCAUCAAAAACUUUCCGUUCAUGGAGUUCUGAGCAUGACUUUGUUUUCCAGAGGAGGGUCCAUGUUCCUAGCUGUCUCCCCAUCUGACACUGGACUAAAUUCCAUUUUGUUCAGAUGGUCAGGCAAUGAGUUUAGUCACUUUCAAGAAGUGUCCAUCGUUGGGACAGUGCAUGUGGAGGCUUUGACUUUAGGAGAUGACAUCUACUUAAUUUUUGCCAAAGGAAUAUUUUUAGGAGACAGGAGUUCAACUGACAUUUUCAUUUGGGAGACAGGGCAAUCUUCUUUAAGAUAUUUUCAAUCCUUAGAUUUUGGUGCUGUAAACAGGAUCCAUUCCUUCACACCUACCUCAGGGAUAGUCCACGUACUCCUUGUUGGCAAAGUUGAAUCUGCUCUCUACUGCUGGAGUUCAGAGUUAAAUCAGUUCUCUUUUGUUUUGGGAGCACCUUCUGCUGAUGAUGCAGUUUCUGUUACUGUGAGGUCACUGAAUUCAAGCAAAAAUCUCAUUGUUUUAGCAGGAGUACAUCAUUCACAGAUCUAUGAGUUGUCUUAUAUCUCAGACCAAUCUGAUUUUAUUCCCAGCUCAGGUGAAUUGAUAUUCACACCUGGAACCAAGGAAGCUAUAAUUACAGUCAAUAUUCUUGAUGACAUAAUACCAGAGGAAGAAGAAUCUUUCAGAGUUCAGCUUAAAAAUCCCAAAGGAGGAGCAGAGAUUGGCAUUAAUAAUAAUGUGAAAAUAGUUAUUCCAUCUAACGAUGAUGCUUAUGGAGUCAUUGCAUUUGCUCAGAAUUCUUUAUAUAAACAAGUGGAAGAAAUGGAACAGGAUAAUUUGAUAACCUUGAAUGUUGAACGUUUAAAAGGAACGUAUGGUCGGAUAACAGUAGAAUGGGUAGCAACUGGAAGUAUUAGUGACAUAUUUCCCACGUCAGGGGUGAUUUCAUUUUCUGAAGGCCAGGCGCUGUUGACCAUCACCCUGUCAAUUCUUGCUGAUGACAUCCCAGAAUUAUCUGAGAUUAUUAUUAUAACAUUAAUCCAUGUCACCACAGAAGGGAUUCAAGACCCUAUAAGAGGAGCUACCAUUGAUGCCAGAAGGAACAAAGCUAUAAUAACUACCCUCUUGGAAGAAGACAUUGGGAUGAUCAUGAUUCCAGUAGUGAGGCUGCAUGGAACGUACGGCAGCGUGACAGCUGAUUUUGUCUCCCAAAGCAUUUCUGCCCUUCCUGGUGAGGAUUACCGUGUUCGCGGUGACUCGGUCACCUUUCACCAUGGAGAUAACCUAAGUUUUAUAAAUGUCUCUAUCAUAGAUGAUGACGAAAGUGAAUUUGAGGAGCAGUUUGAAAUCCUGCUGACGGGAGCUACUGGAGGAGCAGUGCUUGGGCACCACCUAGUGAGCCGAAUCACUAUUGCUCAGAGUGAUGCACCCUAUGGACUUGUGCGAUUUCUCAACCAAAGCAAAAUCACUCUUGCUAAUCCCAGUACCGCCCUGAUUUUGUCCUUGGUGCUGCAGAGGACUGGAGGACUCUUAGGAGAGAUUAAGAUUGAUUGGGACAUAUUAGGACCUAAUUCACAAGAAGUUUUACCACCACUGAACAGUGACAUUGGUGAACCUGUGAGUGGAUCCUUCUGUUUUGAUGAUGGAGAAGGUGGAUUGAGAACCAUAACUCUAACCAUCUUGCCCCAUGGAGAUGUUGAAGUCCAAGAAAUCUUCAUUGUAGAGCUUCAUAUUGUGAAAGGAGAAGCUGAAUUAGACCAAAGGGCUAGAAGUGUCUCCCUAGUAAUACAAAAGUUUGGUGAUCCAAAUGGAAUUGUUCAAUUUGCUUCUGAAUCUUUAUCCAAGAAGAAUUAUGUAGAACCAUCAACUUUGGAAGGAUCACUUAAUAUUACAUUUUUUGUCAAGCGAGUCCAAGGGGUUACAGGGAAUAUUACGGUUUAUUGGGAACUAAGCAGUGAAUUUGAUAUCAUUGGUGAUUUCCUUGCCACAAGGGGAUUUUUCAUGAUUCCUGAUGGGGAGACUGAGGCCAACUUUGAUAUUCAAUUGCUGCCAGAUGAUGUUCCUGAAAUAGAUGAGGAUUAUGUAAUACAACUGGUUUCUGUGGAUGGAGGAGCCAAACUGGACAAAGAAAAAAGCUUUAUGAGCUUCUCUGUCCCUGCAAACGAUGACCCUCAUGGAGUGUUUGCUUUGUAUGCCCAUCGGCAAUCUGUAGUGGUUGAGCAAAGCCUCAGUAGAUAUAUCCGAAUUAAUGUAACUCGGCUUGCUGGAACAUUUGGAGAUGUAGCUGUGGGGUACCGAAUAUUGCCCAACUCCCGAGACCGGGCAAUUGUGACUGAAAGAACAGAAGGGCAUGUGAUUGUCAAAGAUGGUACCAAUUAUAAAGUGGACACAGUGCCAAUAAUUAAUCAGAUGUUUCUAUUCCUGGGUUUGAAUUUCACUCUGGAACUGUUAAACGUAAUCCAUGUUGGUGGACAGUUCUAUGGAAUGCCAAAAAUACUAGAAGAGGCAAAGUCAACUCUUAUUGCUAUUCCUGAAGAAGCUGCCAAUUCUGAGGUUGGGUUUGAUUCUACUGCCUUUCAACUUACCAACAUCAAUAGCGGCACAAGCUUAGCUAUUAUAUCCAGGAGAGGUACCUAUGGUUCUGUUACUGUUACCUGGAGCUCUGGCUAUCCCUCCAAUUUAGAAAUUCCUGAGUUUGUUGACAUAGGUGACAUUUCACCAAAAUUUGGUAUUCUUACGUUUUCUCAUCGUGAGAAAAGUAAGGAAGUUUCAUUAGCUACUCGUCCUAGGCCUGGUCGACCAGAGGUAUUUAUUAUUCAUUUAUCAAUAGUGUACAGCAGUACACCUGGAGGAGCUCGACUGAGACCAGGAUUGACUGUGGCUAAAAUCGAACCAAUGGGAAUCUUUCAGUUUUCCCUUAUCUCAAGAGAUAUCAUAAUAUCAGAAGAUGCACAGAUGGUUAGUUUGAGUGUACAGAGAUUGUUUGGUUUCCAUGGUGACUUUGCUAAAGUGACCUAUCAGACUACAGCAGGAAGUGCAAAACCUCUGGAAAAUUUUGGACCCAUUCAGAAUGGAGAACUGAUAUUUAAAAAAUUACAGACUGAUAUUGAUUUUGAAAUCACUAUCAUUGACAAUCAGCUUCCUGAGAUGGCAAAAGUUUUUUAUGUCAAUCUGACUUCUGUUGAAAUUAAAGGUUUGCAACAGCUUGAUGCUAAUUGGAAACCACGCUUAAAUCCAGAUUUCAGUGUUGCAGUUAUUACUAUAUUGGACAAUGAUGACCUAAGUGUGAUUGAUGCUGCUGUCCCUGUAACAACUACUGCUUUCCCUAACACUACUGAUGCUGUUGUUGCAUCUCACACAGUUGUCAUGCCUCCUGAAACCAUCAAGACUACUGCCAUUCCCCAGACAACUGAAAUUGUUACCUUUGUUCCUGAAACAACUGGCAUUGUCAUUCUCACGAAUGGAGCAAUUGUGCCUGAGAAACCUGAUAUCGUCACUGUAACUGAUGCCUCUGUGAAAGGAAUAUUUAGUCUGGGGCCACCUAUCAUUUAUGUUGAAGAAGAUAUAAAGGAUGACACACUUGCUACUAUAGAAAUUCUUGUUAGAAGGACGAGUGGGUUCACCGGUAAUGUCAGUGUAACCAUUAAAACCUAUGGGGGAAUAAGUGCUCAGAGACAAACUGGUGAAUUUCCUUUUCAAGAUGCCUAUGGAAUUUCUAACCUUUCAUGGGCCAAUGAAGGAGAAGAUUUUAUAGAGCAUUCUUUCACUCUUAUGUUUCUGGAUGGAGAAAGAGAAAAUAAAGUAUAUGUUCAAAUCUUGGAUGAUGAUGAGCCAGAAGGACAAGAAUUCUUUUAUGUUUUUCUCACCAACCCUCAGGGUGGAGCCCAAAUUAUAAAAGGAAGGGAUGACAUUGGAUUUGCAGCUUUUGCAACCAUAAUUAUUAAAGGGAGUGAUCUUCAGAAUGGUAUUGUAGGAUUCACUGAGGAUUCACAAAGUGGACUGGACCUGGAUGAAAACUCUGAUAAAAGAAAUGUCUACCUUGCUGUCAUAAGGCAACCAAACAGGGUUUUUGAAGAUGUCAAGAUCUUUUGGCGAGUCACAUUUAACAAAACAGCUGUUGUACUUGAGAGAGCAGGAGUAGACUUAGGUGAUAUACUGCUGUCUGUGUCAGGGACCACAACUUGUAUGGCAGGUCAGGCAAAGUGCCUGAUCUCCAUUGAACUCCAGCCUGAUAAGAAAUCUCAGUUUGAAAUGUAUUUUUUUGUGGAGCUCUAUGAAGCAAGCAUGGGAGCCUCAAUAAACAGCAGUGCCAGAUUUGCCCAGAUAAAAAUACUGAAAAGUGAUGGACCUCAUAGCCUCAUCUAUUUUUCGGUGGGGUCUCGGCUGGCAGUAGCUAAUAAGAAGGCCACUUUAAUCAGUUUGCAAGUGGCUCGAGAUUUUAGUAUAGCACUAAUGGUGUAUGUUAACUUCACUACGCAGGAGCUGAGGAUUGCUGAAACAGUGGGCCGCACUCUCAUAUCUCCAGCCAUUUCAGGGAAAGAUUUUGUCAAGUCUGAAGGCACAUUGAUUUUUGAACCUGGCCAGAGAAAUGCUGUAUUAGACGUCAUCCUAACCCCAGAGACAGAAUCUUUAAAUCCAUAUCCUAAGCGUUUUCAGGUUGUGCUUUCUGACCCAAUAGGUGGGUCUAGAAUAGACAAUGUGUAUGGUACUGCCAAUGUCACUAUUGUGUCUGAUACUGAUUCCCAGUCCUUCUGGGGGCUAGCUGAUCAGCUGCACCAACCACUGGAUGAAGACAUUUUGAUCAGAGUGCUCCACAACUUAAAUGUCAAAGUAGCCACUGAAAACACAGAUGAACAACUUAGUGCUGUCAUGUAUCUAAUAGAUAAGAUAACAGUUGAAGGCAAAAAACAAGUGUUCAAUGUUAGAAGCCGAAAUCUUUUUUAUGACAUUCUUUGUACUCUAAUUAACCCACGACGUGAAGAUACUAGGGGCUUUAGCCAUUUUGCGGAAGUGACUGAGAAGUUUGCCUUUUCUCUUCUGACUGAUGUUACCUGUGGAUCUCCUGGUGAAAAAAGCAAAACAAUCCUUGACAAAUGUCCGUAUUUGUCAAUAUUGGCCCUUCACUGGUAUCCACAGCAAAUCAAUGGACACAAGUUUGAAGGAAAAGAGGGGGAUUAUAUACAAGUUCCUGAACGAUUAUUGGAUGUGCCAGAUGCAAGUCUUAUGGCGGGUGAAAAAAAAUGCAAAUUAGUACAGUUUACAGAAUAUAGCAGCCAACAGUGGUUUAUAACUGGUAACAGUGUUCUGGCCCUGAACAACAAGGUUUUAUCUUUGAGUGUGAAGGGUCAGAGUUCAUAUCCACUGACAGACAACAAUGAGGUCCUUUAUCGGAUUUAUGCUACAGAACACCGGAUUGUUCCCCAAAAGUCGUUAUGCCUCCUUUGGAAUCAGGCUACUGCAAGCUGGUUGUCCGAUAGUCAGUUUUGCAAAGUGGUUGAUGUCACUUCAGACUAUGUGGAAUGUGCCUGUUCACACAUGUCGACAUAUGCCGUCUAUGCCCAGACAGAUAGCUUGUCUUCAUACAAUGAGGCUUUUUUCUCUUCUGGAUUUAUUUGCAUCUCAGGUCUUGGCCUGGCUAUUCUUUCCCAUAUCUUCUGUGCCAGGUAUUCUAUGUUUGCUGCUAAGCUUCUGACUCACAUGAUGGCGGCCUCUUUAGGUACUCAGAUUGCAUUUCUGGCUUCUGCAUAUGCAAGCAGGCAACUGACAGAAGAGAGCUGCUCAGCCCUUGCUGCUAUCAUGCAUUACCUCUAUCUUUGCCAGUUUAACUGGAUGCUUAUUCAGUCCGUGAACUUCUGGUAUGUCCUUGUCAUGAACGAUGAGCACACAGAGCGACGCUAUCUCCUGUUUUUCAUUCUGAGUUGGGGGCUUCCAGCUUUUGUGGUGAUUUUACUCUUAAUUGUUCUGCGAGGAAUCUAUCACCAGAGCAUAUUCCAGAUCUAUGGCCUCAUCCAUGGUGACCUAUGUUUUAUCCCAAAUGUCUAUGCAGCUCUCUUCACUGCUGCUCUUAUUCCCUUGAUGUGUCUUGUGGUAGUAUUUGUGGUCUUCAUCCAUGCCUACCAAGUGAAGCCUCAGUGGAAAGCUUAUGAUGAUAUCUUCAGAGGACGAACAAAUGCUGCAGAAAUCCCACUGAUUUUAUACCUGUUUGCUCUGAUUUCCAUUACAUGGCUUUGGGGAGGACUACACAUGGCUUAUAGACACCUCUGGAUGCUGGUCCUCUUCGUCAUUUUUAACAGCCUGCAGGGCCUUUAUGUCUUUGUGGUGUAUUUCAUUCUACACAACCAGAUGUGCUGCCCAAUGAAAGCCAGCUACACUGUGGAAAUGAAUGGGCACCCUGGGCCAGGUUCGGCUUUUUUCACAGCAGGCAGUGGCAUGCCUUCUGCGGGGGGUGAGAUCAGCAAAUCGACCCAGAAUCUCAUCAGCGCUAUGGAAGAGGUGCCAGCUGACUGGGAGAGGGCGUCCCUUCGGCAAGCGAGUCAAGUGACCCCCGACUUUAAGCCAAGUCCUCAGAAUGGUGCCUCAUUCCCUACUGCUGGAGGCUAUGGUCAGGGGUCUCUGAUAGCUGAUGAAGAAUCGCAAGAGUUUGAUGAUCUGAUUUUUGCUCUAAAAACAGGUGUGGGCCUCAGUGCCAGUGACAACGAAUCUGGCCAAGGCAGUCAGGAAGGAGGCACAAUGACAGACUCCCAGAUUCUGGAACUGAGAAGAAUACCCAUCGCUGACACUCACCUCUAGCUCCUCUUGUCAAACAGGAAUUUUGACAUUUUUAUGUUUGUUGGAUGACCUUCUGGUGUGAAUCUUUCUCCAUAUGUGCAGCCAGGCAAUGGAGAACUGGAAGUUGUCCCCAGAUGGGGAGCCCAGAAAGGGCUGUGUCUGAUAAAUAGUAGAUUUUUGGCAGAAUCCCCAUAAGCAUCUGUUCUGGUGAAAGAUUAACAAGAGUUAAUAGGAUGCACUUAUUCCAUAAAGUAUAGAUGGAGUUUUUUUAAUUGAGCUGCAUGUCUAACAAUGUUUAAUGAAAGUAAUAAUUGUUAUUAUUAAUAAAAGUAAUAG